AUGGGCUCGACGCGAUCCGUCGCUUCUUGCGGCUUGGUGACCGAUCUACUUCAACAACUCCUCGAUAUUGGCGCAUAUACUCGCCUGAUCGUCUGUGGGACCAAAACUGAGUUUCUCAUACAAUUAUCCUGCGCUAUACAGUCACAGCGUGCCGAUCCAAAUGUCGCACCUCAUCAUGAUCUGCUCACCAAGACUAUCGGACUACUAGCAAACUCCAGCAAAAUUCAGCUAGCCUUCUGUCCAUCUCUGGAGAGUCUUCGAGCGUAUCUUGCAGUUCUCAGACCGAUUGAUACGAAGACCGAUGGACCCGAACCCGCAGGUCGCCGACACAACCCGAUGCUUGUCAUUCUGGAUCUGGUAGCCUUGCACGUUCCUACUACAGAGUUCUCUGCGCAGGGACUAUCGCGAACGUUUGCUGCUUCCGCCGAGUCUGCUUCACGGGCUAAAAUGGACCUGAUGCUCUGCGAAUGUACCAAUGCCGUGGACACUAUGAGCGCCGACUGGGGAGGCAGACUAUGGGAUGCGCAAGUACCUCUACUGAACGGCUCAGUCCGGAUACGCGGCGAAGAAGGGAACUGGGGUGGACGUGGUGUAUCAAUAAAGCAAGUUGCCCAACGCUGGUUUGAAUUUGACGAAGGGAGGUAUGCUUGA